CGGAAGUGGGGAUGUUGUUUCUGGCAAACUAAGAAAAAAAAGCUCUGACAAAAUAAAAGGCCGUUCGCGUUGCAGGAUCAUUACUUUGCUGCUCACACGCGUGUUUUCAAGGCUUACGCUGCUCAAGAUGGCUCCGACUAACGUGAUUCAUCAGUACUCGUCGGAAGCGGGAAGCCAAUGUCCAUUAGAGGCUGAGUUACGAGCAGUGCUGCAGAAAAGGAUCAUGGUCCUGGACGGAGGGAUGGGAACCAUGAUUCAGCAGCAUAAGCUUGAGGAGGAGGAUUUCAGGGGGGACGAGUUUAAAGAGCACCCCCUUCCUCUCAAGGGAAACAACGACCUUCUCAGUAUCACACAGCCCAAAAUAAUUUACGAUAUCCACAAGGAGUACCUGCAGGCUGGUGCCGACAUCAUAGAGACCAACACGUUCAGCAGCACCUCCAUCGCUCAGGCAGACUAUGGCCUGGAACAUAUGGCGUAUCGCCUCAACAGGGCGUCGGCGGAGCUGGCGAGACGGGCCGCUGACGAUGUCGCCAAACAAACUGGUUGCAAACGCUACGUAGCCGGGUCAGUGGGUCCCACCAACAAAACUCUGUCUGUGUCGCCUUCAGUGGAGAGGCCGGAUUUCAGGAACAUCACGUUUGAUGAACUCGUGGAAGCCUACGCCGAGCAGGUCCGAGGUUUAUUAGACGGAGGAGCAGACGUCCUUCUGGUCGAAACCAUCUUCGACACCGCCAACGCCAAGGCCGCCCUGUUUGCCAUCGACCUGCUGUUCCAAAAGAGCUACGAGAGAAAACCUCUGUUUAUCUCAGGGACCAUCGUCGAUCGAAGUGGACGAACUCUGUCUGGUCAGACAGGCGAGGCCUUCGUGGUCAGUGUGUCCCAUGCUAAACCCCUGUGCAUUGGUUUGAACUGUGCCUUGGGGGCGGUAGAGAUGAGGCCGUUCAUUGAGGCCAUUGGCAAAAGCACCACGGCUUUCAUCAUCUGUUAUCCCAACGCAGGACUUCCAAACACAUUUGGUGGAUAUGAUGAAACUCCAGAUGUAACAGCCUCUAAUUUAAAGGCGUUUGCUACGGAUGGACUCGUAAAUAUUGUAGGAGGCUGCUGUGGGACCACUCCAGGACAUAUCAGGGCGAUCUCUGAAGCAGUCAGACACUGUCAGCCUCGAAUUCCUGCUGCUAAUAUUUAUCAGGACUACAUGCUGCUGGCAGGCCUAGAGCCGUUCAGGGUUGGACCUUACACCAACUUCGUAAACAUCGGCGAGCGAUGCAACGUGGCUGGGUCGCGCAAGUUCGCCAAGCUGAUCAUGGCUGGAAACUAUGAGGAGGCUCUAAGCAUCGCCAAGGCCCAGGUGGAGAUGGGAGCACAGGUCCUUGAUAUAAACAUGGACGAAGGGAUGCUGGAGGGGGCAACAGCCAUGACGCGGUUUUGUAACCUGAUUGCCUCUGAGCCGGACAUUGCAAGGGUCCCGCUGUGCAUCGACUCCUCGAACUUCGCCGUGAUUGAGGCGGGCCUGAAGUGCUGCCAGGGGAAGUGCAUCGUCAACAGUAUCAGUCUGAAGGAAGGAGAGGACGAGUUCCUGCUAAGAGCCGCCACCGUCAAGCGCUACGGCGCCGCCGUGGUGGUGAUGGCCUUCGACGAGGAGGGCCAGGCCACAGAUACGGAGCGCAAAGUGGAAAUUUGCACCCGCGCCUACAAGCUGCUGGUCAACAAAGUGGGGUUUAACUGCAACGACAUCAUCUUUGACCCCAACAUCCUGACCAUAGGCACAGGCAUGGAGGAACACAAUGACUACGCUGUCAACUUCAUGAGGGCGACCAAGCUCAUCAAAGAGACCUUACCGGGAGCCCGGGUGAGCGGAGGCCUGUCCAACCUGUCCUUCUCCUUCAGAGGCAUGGAGGCCAUCAGGGAGGCAAUGCACGGAGCGUUCCUCUACCAUGCUAUAAAGGAUGGGAUGGACAUGGGCAUAGUGAAUGCUGGGAGCCUGCCUGUGUAUGACGACAUCGAUAAAGAACUGCUGCUGCUUUGUGAAAACCUCAUCUGGAACAGAGACGCCGACGCUACUGAGAAGCUGCUGACCUACGCGCAGAACAACGUCAAAGGCGCCAAGAAGGUGGUUCAAACGGACGAGUGGAGGCAGGGAAGCGUGGAGGAGAGGUUGGAGUACGCGCUGAUCAAGGGAAUAGAGAAGUAUGUGGUGGAGGACGUACAGGAGUGUCGCGCUCAGGUCGAUCGCUACACUCGACCGCUGCACAUCAUCGAGGGCCCCUUGAUGAACGGCAUGAAGGUGGUGGGAGACCUCUUUGGAGCUGGGAAGAUGUUCCUGCCACAGGUGAUCAAGUCGGCUCGUGUUAUGAAGAAAGGCGUGGGCUAUUUGAUUCCUUUCAUGGAGAAGGAGAGGGAGGAGAUGAUGGCGGCAGCGGGGUCAACGGAGGAGAUGGAUCCGUAUCAGGGCACCAUAGUUCUGGCCACGGUGAAGGGUGAUGUUCACGACAUUGGCAAGAACAUCGUCGGCGUGGUGCUGGGCUGCAACAACUUCAGGGUGAUUGACCUGGGCGUGAUGGUUCCCUGUGAUCAGAUCCUCAGAGAGGCCGUGGCACAGAAAGCAGAUAUCAUCGGUCUGUCUGGUCUCAUCACCCCUUCUCUGGAUGAGAUGAUCCAUGUGGCCAAAGAGAUGGAGAGACUCGGCAUGAAAACGCCUCUGCUGAUUGGAGGAGCCACCACCUCAAAGACUCACACUGCAGUAAAGAUUGCCCCUCGCUACUCUUGCCCUGUGGUCCAUGUUCUGGAUGCGUCCAGGAGUGUGGUGGUGUGCUCCCAGCUGCUGGAUGAGGCAGUUAGGGAAGAUUACUUUGAUGACCUCAAAGAGGAGUAUGAGGAGAUCAGACAGGACCAUUAUGAGUCUCUAUUGGAUCGCCGGUACCUGUCGCUUUCCCAGGCCAGAGGCAAGGCUUUACAUAUAGACUGGCUCUCUACGCCGCGACCGGUGCGCCCUCAGUUCCUGGGCACCCGUGUCUUCGAGUGCUAUGACCUCAACAGUCUGCUGGACUUUAUCGACUGGAAGCCGUUCUUUGACGUGUGGCAGCUAAGAGGCAAAUACCCCAACAGAGGCUACCCCAAGAUCUUCAAUGACAAGACUGUGGGUCCAGAGGCCCGACGAGUCUUUGACGACGCGCAGCGAUUGCUCAGCCGGAUGAUUGACAACGGCAGCCUGAAGGGACAGGGCCUGGUGGGCUUCUGGCGCGCCCAGAGCGACGGCGAUGACAUCAAUGUGUACAAGGAGGACGUCAGAGUCACCAGAGACACCAAGCCCAUCGCCACAUUCUAUGGCUUACGGCAACAGUUGGAGAAGGACGGCUCUAGUUUGGAGCCGUACCUGUGCGUGUCGGACUUCGUGGCACCUGUGGACAGCGCUGUGGCGGACUACGUUGGACUGUUUGCCGUGGGUGUGUUCGGCGCUGAGGAGCUGAGUCGGCGGUUCCAGGCUCAGGGAGACGACUACAGCAGCAUCAUGGUCAAAGCUCUGGCCGACCGCCUAGCCGAGGCGUUUGCUGAGGAGCUCCACGCUCGUGUGCGUAAGGAGCUGUGGGGCUACAGCACGGAAGAAACCCUGCAGACCUCAGACCUACACAGGAUACGGUACAAAGGAAUCAGACCUGCUCCUGGUUACCCAAGCCAGCCCGACCACACCGAGAAGACCACCAUGUGGGACCUGGCUGGUAUACAAGACAAGACGGGCAUUAGUCUGACGGAGUCUCUGGCAAUGAUGCCUGCAGCCUCUGUGUCCGGGCUUUAUUUCUCCAACCCUCAGGCUUCAUACUUCGCUGUGGGAAAGAUCACUAAGGAACAGGUGGAGGAUUACGCCAGAAGGAAGGGGACGAGUGUGGAGGAGGUGGAGAGAUGGCUGGCUCCCAUACUGGGGUACGACGCUGAUGUGUAGAGCGCAGCCGCCCAAGCGUUCAACCAGAACCCAGAGGGAUCCAAGCAGAGACCAACCACCCAACAGUGAAGCAGGUUUACAGUCCAGCCAGUCCUCUGUAGCUCACAGUGCCUUACUGUCAAAAAGAUCUCAUAUAUAUGUCACAUAACACACUUUACUGUCUGAGCCAACUGUCCAGAGGCUCCCCAGUAGCUUUGUACAGUCAAACUGUGAAAGUGAUUUAAAAUCUCUCUCGCGUUAAUGUGAUCUUACUCAUGGUCUGGACAUUGAGUGAGUGUCAGAUUGUCUUAAUUAUAAAAACAAUUAAAUGCAGCAACGAAAAUGGGGAGACUUAGCUUAGCAUAAAGACUGAUAACAUCUCUGUAAACCUCAGGUUAUAACGGAUGUGUGUUCUUUAUUUUGCGCAGCACCUGAAAGCCUGCUAAGGUCUCGGUUGAACCCUCCUUGCCUUCAAAUCAAAUAAUUUAUUAUGCUGAUAGAAGCCACUUUGCAUUUACAUUAAUGACUCUUGCAUACACUACAGUUGUUCAUAGUAUAAGUUUAUAGAUGAUUUUAGAAGAUAAGGUGGAAAGUUAAUUUUUAGGUCUGAGCAAACAUAAAAGUAUUACAUAUUGUAGGUUUUCUCAAUUUAUUUUUUUCUUUUAGCAGAUAAUAAUGAUGCAGUGGACUAAAAAACUAGUAAACCUUCCGAUAAAGACAGUUUAAAAACUGCAAAAUAAUGAAUAAGGUAAUAAUUGUAAAUUUAUUAAACAAAAAUAGCUCAAAAUAAUUAAGAAGCGUGACAGGGCAACAAUUUCACAUGUACUUGAACUAAAGUACUUUCUGUAGAUUAACAGUUAUUAAUUGCAACCAAGAUUGUUUCAUAAGCAGUUUGAGAGGGAUUCACAUUGAGAGGGAUUGUCAUCGUCUACAUAUUGUUUCACCUGUUUUCCUCACUGGUGCAUUGUAUCUGUACUACACAACAUAUCUACCUGUUACCAGUAUCCUGUACUCUAAAUUAAAACAAAUUGAUGGACAGGUUUCUGAGAGCUGCCAAAGGGCAUUUAUAUCUCAUGUUAUAUUGCAGUGCAUCCAACUUCAAUCAUUUCCAGUCUGUUGUUUUCUUACCUACAAAAUGAUGGUGCCAACACUGUACGACCGUAAUGAGAGCAUGUAUAAAUAAAUCGUAAAUGUUUUA